UAAUUUCUUUUCGCCAUUGUGUUUCUUCUUCAUCAUCAUCUUCUUUUAAUACCCUUUUGCUUGCGUGACAAAAAAGGGGGCGUGUGGCCCCUCUUUGUUGCCUAGUCUUUUCCUUCAAUUCCGCGUGUUUUCAUUCCUUAACUUUCAGUUUCACUUCCUGAUUUCUGUGUAUGUUUUUUUUUUCAGAUCUAAGACUUCAUUCCAUUUUCACAGAGAGUCUUAGAUUUAGUUUUUGUAACAUGUGUUUUUUUGUUAGUCUUAGAUAUGUCAUAGCAUAGUCCACAAGAGAAAAAAUAAGAAAAAAGAAAAAAACAAUACCCCAAAUUCAAAGAUUGCAACUUUGUAGAAAACAAAAAACACCCACCAAUUGGAAUCCAGAAUCCGGUGAUGGGGUUCCAAGAAAAUGGGAAUGGCGAAACGGGCUUGUCUGGGAUCCCGUUGGGAGCCAAGAACAAGUACAAGAGAAUGAACAGCGAGUUCCCUGAGACCGACGACAACGAUGUUGAUGAUGUCAUCACACAACAGCAACAACAUGAAAGAAGAGACAGUACAAGAAAAUAUGUGAUAGCAUGUGCUAUCUUUGCUUCUCUCAACAAUGUCCUUCUUGGCUAUGAUGUAGGGGUUAUGAGUGGAGCAGUUAUAUUUAUCAAAGAAGAUCUGAACAUAACGGAGGUUCAGGUAGAAAUUUUGGUUGGUAUUUUGAGCAUUAUUUCUCUAUUUGGUAGCUUGGGUGGUGGAAGAACAUCUGAUAUUAUUGGUAGAAAAUGGACAAUGGCAUUAGCCGCAGUCGUCUUCCAAUCGGGCGGAUUAACAAUGACUCUUGCCCCUUCCUAUACAGUACUAAUGAUUGGAAGAUUUCUGGCAGGAAUUGGAAUUGGGUUUGGUGUUAUGAUCUCCCCUAUUUAUAUUGCUGAGAUAUCCCCAAAUGUUGCGAGAGGCUCGCUUACCACAUUUCCAGAGAUUUUUAUAAAUGUAGGAAUCUUGCUUGGAUAUGUAUCAAAUUAUGCAUUUUCUGGCCUUCCAGCACACAUUAGUUGGAGGAUAAUGCUUGCUGUGGGAGUUUUGCCCUCGCUCUUCAUUGGCUUUGCUCUCUUUGUUAUUCCUGAGUCACCAAGAUGGUUGGUAAUGCAGAACCGAAUCGACGAAGCGAGAUUAGUGCUGGCAAAAACAAAUGACAAUGAUAAAGAAGUGGAGGAGAGACUGGCAGAAAUAGAACAUGCUGCUGGAAUUGCCAAUUCUGAGAAAUACGAGGACAAACCGGUCUGGAGGGAGCUUCUUUUUCCUCCUCCUGCUCUUCGCCGGAUGCUGAUUACUGGACUAGGGAUUCAAUGUUUUCAACAGAUCUCAGGGAUUGAUGCAACUGUGUAUUACAGCCCCGAAAUUCUAGAGGCAGCCGGGAUUAAGGAUAAAUCUAAACUUCUUGGUGAUACAGUUGCUGUAGGUAUAACCAAGACUGUUUUUAUCUUGGUUGCAAUCAUUCUUAUCGACAAACUUGGUCGGAGGCCACUUCUCUUAAUUAGCACAAUUGGGAUGACAGUCUGUCUGUUCAGCAUAGGGGCUACUCUAGCUUUGUUUGGACAAGGGUCGUUUGUGAUUGCGUUGGCGAUUCUGUUUGUUUGUGGAAAUGUAGCUUUCUUCUCAGUUGGACUCGGUCCGGUGUGUUGGGUUAUUACAUCAGAGAUCUUCCCUUUAAGAGUUCGUGCUCAAGCGUCUGCGCUUGGUGCUGUGGCUAACCGGGUUUGCAGUGGCCUAGUAGCCAUGUCUUUCUUGUCUGUGUGUCGUGCAAUUACAGUUGCUGGAACAUUCUUUCUGUUUUCUGCUAUUUCUGCUCUUGCCAUUGUAUUUGUUUACAUGCUUGUUCCCGAAACGAAAGGGAAGUCAUUGGAGCAGAUAGAGUUAAUGUUUCAGAAUGAACAUGGGAUUCAAGUAAGCGAAACGGAGCUAGGAGAUGUUGAACAACUUGUGCAGAACAAAACUGAUUCAAUGAAUUAGCUGCCUCUUAUACAAACUCUGAUGGAUUUGCCAUUUCAUGGAAAUUGCAAUGCAUUUCUCUUCUAUGUGUAACCAUCAUACUGCCCAGUUCUGCGCCGGACAUUGAUCGUAUUGAUGAUUUGUUGUCUACGACCGGAGGGAAUUUGCGGCCUAGAAGGUACGAAAGAAAAGGUGAAAAGAAAUUGAGCUGUUGUAUACCAUAGCAAACUUAUUCUUAUUGUACAAUUAUUCUAAAUAAAUUUUUAGUUACAUUUGAAGUCAAUUAUAGCGAUGAUUUUUGGCGGAGACUAUCCUUGUCAUGGAAUGGUCCUCUCAGAUGUUCUGAAAUGACUUGUGUAGUACCAUGAUUCCAAUGUACUCCGUUAAGGGAUGUGAUAAUGUGACAAUUCUUUAAUAGAUUAUAUUCUUUUUCAACUUCUA